GAGGUGCAGGUACAAUAGAAAGAUCUGCAUCAGGGACUCGGGUUCACCCCGGGAUCGCGUUAUCCAAAUGUGGGGGGGGGGGUCGUCUAUCCUUGCCUAGUAUAUAACGAGAGCAAGAGCGAUAUAUCCCACCUUCUAUCUUCUUCUCAAUUCGUCUCGUCAUCCACUCCACAGAUAUCGAUUGAACCCACUUCACGUCAACCUCGUAUAUUCCUCGAAAAGUCUCUCCGAUCACCCCAGCUGACGCCUCACCAUGGCUAACACCAAGGGCAAAUCAGAAAAGGCCACUCGUACCAAAUCGAGAAAACGAAUCUCGACUACCGAGUCCUCCACUCCUCCCGUUAGCAUCCGAAAGACCCAUCGCAAGACGAGAUCCAGUACAAGCUUUGUCGACCCGCAUCUGGCUGAGAAGAUCGACAAACUUCUGGCCUGUGGCGUUGGCAACGAUGUCAAUCUCCCUCAGCUCGUCGUCGUUGGUCAACAAUCGAGUGGCAAGAGCUCUGUUCUCGAAGGCUUGACAAGUCUUCCUUUCCCGCGAGACUCUGGUCUCUGCACUCGAUUCGCCACGCAGAUAACGUUCCGACGAGAUGUCAUUUCGAGCGUCAAUGCAAGUAUCACGCCUGGCAAGAACACUUCGCCAGAGCAUCAGGCCAAGGUCAAGGCGUGGAGCAGAGAAAUGGCCGAGUUUGAUACGGACAUCUUUGCUCAGGUCAUGGCAGAGGCCAACGAAAUCAUGGGCGUCGGUCCUCACGCGGACGGACACCAAUCUGCGUUCAGCAAAGACGUAUUCAAUCUCGUCAUUACUGGUCCUGAAGAGGGUCACUUUAGCGUCAUCGACGUCCCUGGUCGCUUCAAACGUACCGAGACUGGCGUGACGACCAAAGACGACAUUGCCAUGGUCGAAGAAAUGGUUUACGGAUACAUGAAGAAUCCUCGAACCAUCAUGCUCGUCGUCGUUCCUUGCAACACCGAUAUUGCCACGCAAGAUAUCAUUGAAAAGGCUGAAGAGGUCGAUCCACUGGGUCAACGAACUCUAGGAAUCUUGACGAAGCCUGAUCUCAUUGACCGAGGUGCCGAGUCCGCCAUUGUCGAUAUCAUGGAGGGAAGGAAACAUCAGCUGGCUCUGGGCUGGCACCUUCUUCGAAAUCCUGGUCAAGCGGAUCUUCUCCGAAAGGACGGCAGUCGAUCACGAUCAAGCGAAGAAUCCAUCUUCUUCGAAACCAAGUCACCUUGGAACCUCCUCGGGAGCGACAAGGUUGGUGUGGAAUCGCUCCUGAUCCGAUUGCAAGACUUGCUAGAAGGUCAUCUCCAGCGAGAAUUCCCAAAGGUCAAACAAGAUAUCAGACAAAAACUCACCAAUGUCGAAAAUCAACUUCAGAGCUUGGGACCCAAGCGUCAGACGUUGAUGGAGCAAACCCAUUACCUGAGUCAAACGGCAACAACUUACAGGGAUAUUGCAGAGGCUGCCCGCAGUGGUCACUAUGCGCAGAACGCCCUGCUUCAAGAUGAACGACUCCGACUGGCUACCAUUGUCGUAAGUCGAAGCGAUAUCUUCGCCAAGGAUAUGGGCACGUUUGGUCAAGCAUUCAGCUUCAACAAGGACGAAGCAGAAGGCGACACGGAGGAUGAUCAAGAUCCUUACAGACCGACUCACUCUUCCGGUCCCGCACUUCGGCCUCCUGGGGUCAUCCGAGAACAAGCUCGAAUGGCUAACGUCAGCCCACCUAUCGAAGAGCAAUACUUUUCACGAAGUAUUGACACACCUCUCGAGAUCGCAGAUCUCGUCAGCCCCCCCAUGGUCCUCAACGACGACGAUCUGGAGCAAGACGACGCUUGGGUCUCCAAGCUCUGGCAUUCGACUCGAGGAUACGAGAUGGGCACUUUUCAAUCUCACCUCAUCGGCGAUAUGAUGCAACGGCAAGCGAAGAAAUGGCGAAUCAUCUCGAUGGGCUAUGUCAGCGACAUCAUCUGUGCCGUACACCACUUUAUCACUUCCGUCUUGACAAGCUUAGUCGUUGGCGAACGAUCUCGAUCGGCUCUUCAGUCCUUGUUGAUGGAGUCGCUCAAGGUUUAUUAUGCGAACGCCUUUCGACAGACCGACUAUCUUGUCGAUAUGGACCUCAAAGGGCCGCCAGUGACUCAUGAUCCGGCCUUUAGUAGUCAUCUUGAGACAUUGCGUCAGGCUCGAGUCAGAGAGCAAGUCGCUGGCAAAGCCAUGCGCGACUCGAACAACCAGAUGGUCGUCAGACUUCAAGACCUGUCGGGUAUCCGACAUAUCUCCAAUGAGCAACACACCAUUCGGGAGAUCCACGACGUCCUCCGAGCAUACUACACUGUUGCCCUGACCCGAUUCGUGGACGGUAUUCGACGACAUGUCAUCGAUCACAUUCUCAUCGUUGGGCCUGAAUCCCCUUUGAAGUUGUUCUCACCACUGUUUGUCUCGAGCUUGAUGCCUGCUCAAGUGCAACGGAUCGGAGAUGAAGAGCCAAAGAUCAGAGUCAGGCGACAAGCUUUGGAACAGCAGAUUCAACGACUGGCAGAAGGAAAGCGGAUCCUACAGUAGGGUGUUGAGGCAAAUGCACUAGCGAGGCCAACGAUCUUUCGCGCAACUUGGACAGGCAGUUCAUCGCCUUGGAGACGAGGACCUCGCCCCGCUUGUAGAGGAGACGAGAUGCAUACAUAUCCAUC